CAGGUCAUGUAUCUAGGCAGCACUGACUGUAUUCGUUCUUUCCUGCCGGGAACUGUGUAGUGAGCUGUAAGAAAAACAACAGCAGGUUUCUGGGCUUCUCUCUCUGGAGCUCCAUUUCCUGUAUCCAGUUUUAGUUUUUAGUUUCAGUCUCGUGUCUGUGCUUGAACCCGAGGCAGAAUAUCUGUGACACUGAGACCGUAAACAUUCUUUCAGAACAGAAGAUAAAGGUGUGUUGAAGAAACAAAAGUGUACAGAAGAAGAAGAAGAAGAAAAGAGAGACGGCAAAAGAGAGAGAGAGAGAGAGAGAGCACUGCUAAAAGGACAGAAGAUUAAACGGUCAGACUUUGUGGUGUAAAGAUGGCCAGUGUUCCUGUACCUGUCACUAAUGUGGGACGUGGCUACACCAUCAUCACUCAAGUCCUUCCCUCAUCUACAGCAGAACAAAAUUCCACUCAGACACUCAGUCCACUGAGCAAGUUCCUGAAAGGAGAACCCAAAGCUCUGGGGACUGUCCAGAUAAUGAUAGGAUUGUUGACGUUUUUGUUUGGUAUCGUGUUGGCGACCUACAUUCCAACCAUCAGCAUUGUCUCCGGAAUCGUCUUCUGGAGCCCAGUGUUUCACAUCAUUUCCGGCUCUCUGGCUGUUUCAGCAAGCAACAAGUUAAACUCCUGUGUGGUGAAGGCCACACUGACACUGAAUAUUUUUAGCACGCUAUCUGCAGGAAUCACCAUCAUUAUCCUGAUCUUGGAUCUGAUUUUUGGGAUAUGCUACUAUGACUACAAUUACAGAUGCAACCACACUGCAGAGGGCAUGGGGAAGGGAAUAACUGGAGUUCUGCUGGUUUUCACUCUGCUCCAGUUCUGCAUCUCUAUCGCACUUUCAGCCUUCACCUGCAAAGCCACCUGCACCAGUGAACCGACCCUGAACAUCAUCAACGUGGUUCCGAACCCUGAGAGUUUUGCUCCUAGUGCUCCUGUGAACAACCCUUUCCCACCUCAUCACACUCAGCUGGGGGUCAAUACGAUGCACGGCGUCGCCAUGGCUACAGCACCCGGGGAAAAUCCUCCAGCGUACAGCGAGAAAUGUAACCAGACCACAGAGAAUGAAUAAAAAUAAAAACUGUUCAUUUACAUUGUAACUCAAUAACACAAUCCCACUGACCAGAGAACACACAAUCAAGGACACUGGAAGCCUACAUCACACACACAUCACACACACUAUACAAAGCACACAAACUAUACACAUCACACACACAUCACACACAUCACACACACCACACACUAUACACAUCACACACAUCACACACUAUACACAUCACACACAUCAUACACACUAUAUACACACUAUACACAUCAUACACUGUACACAACACACACUAUACACAUCACACACAUCACACACUACACAAUUAUUGCUUCUAGAUCUUUUAUGCUCAAAACGUCCAAAAAUAAAGAUGUCUAAUUAACAUAAUUCGUCAUCUUUUGAGUUGAGUUUCUCACAUAAACAGCUGUGCAGAUUUAUUUUAGAAAUAAACUUUAUUUUUGUUCUCUAAUCUUAAACAAAAUAAAAAGAAUAAAUAUCUAACAUGA